CCGCGGUCCUUCAGGAAGGGGACUGGGGGCGCAGGGGAGGCCCAGGUGCUGCACCGGCCGCCGGCCCUCAGGCUCUGCCCAACCCCCUCCUCUUCCCCCGCGUCCAGCAGUGCAGGGACGGCAGGCGGGGCAGGGGCUGAGGACUUGUGACACCUUCGCUUCUGUGGCGCCCCCUUCUUCCCCACCCCCUGUUUAUCUUCUCACCUUCCAGAUACUCUUUCAUCAGGCUGUCGCUUCUUGCGUGGGAGAGAGCACCCCACUUGGAAGCAGGAGGAUUUCAGACCUUGGUUCUACCAUUGCUAUGUUAAAGUCCGCGAGCCCCAGUUUCUCCCGCGGUGCUUUUGCCUGGCCUCAUCUGGUUUUGAGGAUCAUUUAUGACACAGAGAAGGAGAAAGGAAAUGGGACAUUUGUUGAGUUGCCGCACCGCCGAGUACCAUGCAGACUGCUUUAUCUGCCACAUUUAAUCCUCAUUACUUGGUGUUCUUAGAACUCCCAUUUCACAGAUUCUUAAGCUCACGGAGAGGUUGCCUGACUUGGUUUUACAUAGCCAGUGAGUAGCAGAGGGGGAUUCAGACCUAGCUGUUUAGCUCUGAGGCUGAGUUCUGCAGACACUUCCCUUGUGUGGGCUGCGGCUGGAACUAUUCAGCUAAACCCUUGUCCCAGAACAGCAGCUUCCUAUUUCUCCAGCUAAGAAUUCUACUUUUUGGGUUUCUUUUUCCAGCACAGAGGGCUCUGCUCUGCUUCUGCUUUGAUUAGUUCAGAAAUGAAAUGCAACAAACAUUUAUUGAGUGGUGCAGGGAGAUGAACUGUUGAAGUCAAGACGCUUGGAUUCUUGUCCUGGUUCUGCUACUAACUGUAGCCUUGGACAAGUCCCUUAUCUGCUCAGAGCUUUAGCUUCCCUUUCCAUAAAAUCGGUGAGUGCCUUCUCACCAGCAGGCUGUUGUCCAGUUCUCCAUCCCUGUCCUCCAGCAGGCUCUCUGUGGAGGCCCAGACACCCCUCUUCCUCAUGGGUGACUGCCAGGCAGGGCACAACCUGCAUCUGUGUCUGGCCCACCACCCACCUCUGGUCUGUGCCACCUUGAUCCUGCUGCUGCUUGGCCUCUCUGGCCUGGGCCUUGGCAGCUUCCUCCUCACCCACAGGACUGGCCUGCGCAGCCCUGACAUCCCUCAGGACUGGGUCUCCUUUCUGAGAUCUUUUGGCCAGCUGACCCUGUGCCCUGUGAAUGGGACAGUCACAGGGAAGUGGCAAGGGUCUCACGUCGUGGGCUUACUGACCACCUUGAACUUCGGAGAUGGUCCAGACAGGAACAAGACCCAGACAUUCCAAACCAAGAUCCUGGGUAGUCAGAUGGGAUUGAAAGGAUCUUCUGCAGGACAGCAGGUCCUCAUCACAGCCAGGGUGACCACAGAGAGGACCCCAGGAAUCUGCCUGUAUUUUAGUGCUGUUCCAGGAAUUCUGCCUUCCAGCCAGCCACCCAUAUCCUGCUUAGAGGAGGGAGCAGGAAAUGCCACCCUAAGCCCUAAGAUGGGUGAGGAAUGUGUCAGGGUCUGGAGCCACGAAGGCCUUGUGCUUACCAAGCUGCUCACCUCGGAGGAGCUGGCUCUGUGUGGCUCCAGGCUGCUGGUCUUGGGCUCCUUCCUGCUUCUCUUCUGUGGCCUUCUCUGCUGUGUCGCUGCUUUGUGCUUCCACCCACGUCGGGAGUCCCACUGGUCUAGAACCCGGCUCUGAAGGCACUGGCCUACUUCCUGCCUUGUUCUCAGGUUUGAAUCAACUUCUUGGGCCUUGUUUCUGAGUUGGAAGAGAUGUUACAAAAAAUGAAGAGCUGAAAUGUGGGGGAAAUAAAAGGCUUUUUUGCCCUGUG